AUGCAAGGGGAUGCGAAGCGGGAUGUGCUCGCGAAGCCUACUACAAACCAAGAGGCGCCACCAAAGGUCUCACCAGUCCAGGACCUCGACACUGUGGGAGAUGGCCCUAUUCACAAGGCCUUGCCCAAGGCGAAGCCGGCGAGUAAGGGGUUGAAGACAUCUGAGGACGCUGCCAUCGGUGCAGCCAGCGAUGCGAAGAGCGCCGGGGAUGGGCCGGCACCUCUUGACAUCAUCAUGAAUUUCAGCGACGAUGACAACGAAAGCGCUAGAGGAAGCCGCACGGGCCGAGGUGCUGGAAGAGGCGGAACGUCGGGGAAAGAAAAGCUUGCUCGUCUGUUAGGGAAAGGAGACUUUCAGGCGGAUAAGGUGGAAGGUCCUGAUGUUGUGGACGACUCGGUUUACAGAAAGCCAAACAAUGCGAAACUUCUCGGUAGACAAGAAAGCAGAAAACCAUGGAAAUUUGAGGGUAAGCGAACACCGUCUCCCGGAACGCCCAGGAUCGGAGCGAAACCGGCGGAGGAAGAUCCUGUAGCAGUUGAAAUGAACGCGCUGCGAUUGGAAUUGGAGAGCCAAAUGAAAUGGGAGGGCGUACGUCUUCAAGAGGCCGUUCGCGCCCAAAUGGUUGCUGACAAAACGAUUGCUGCGAGGGAAGCCGCGGAGUUUGCUAAGAAGCACUCGGAAGAACUCACUCGUGUCCGAGAAGAUGCGAUCACCAGCGCAGAUAAAAUGCUCAGGGAGAAAUCGAUUGAAUUGCAGGCAAAGGCAGAUGCGCAGCGAGAUUCAGAUGUUGCUCGCCUGAUAAAGGUGAAGGAGGAAGAAAUUCGAGAGACUUUGACAUUGGAAUAUGCGGACAAGGAAAGAAAGAAUGUAGUCGAGAGGAAGAAAGCCCUCGCCUCCGCCAAAGCUCAAGUAGCUGCACUGAAUGACCAGUUUGAUUCGGUGGUAGCGCAGACAGAGAGAGCGAAAGAAGCGGCAAAGCGGACUAGCAUUGCCUUUUUAUUGCGAGAAUCGAUUUUGGCAAGUCGGCCACUAGCGUCGCAGGUAACAGAGGCAGCUGGGCGGACAGAGUUGGGAAAACUAGUGGCAGAGAGCGUUCCCACAGCCGCCGUGAUGGCCGGCGUAUCGUCUAUCGAUGCGCUGAAGGAAGACUUCCGAGAUGCGUCGAAGCGCGGUUUAAGUGUAGCUAUGGUUCCGCCAGGAAAGACGGGGACAUUGUGGGGACAUUUCCUGGGAGCUCUUUUUUCAAGAUUGAAGAUUCCCAUUGAUCGUUGGGACAACACAUCUAACGCGCCACUUUCUAGUAACGAGGAACGGAUUAGGCGAGCCGAGCGACUCGUUUCUGAUGGGGAUCUGAGCAAUGCCAUUCUGAUUUUGGAUUCUUUGAAUGGCUUGUCGGCAGACAUCAUGAAGGAUUGGAUUGGUGCAGCCAAGGCGCGAGUAGCAGCAGAUCUAGCGGCAGAGGUUUUGCUGGCUGACGCAAUCAUCACACAAGUAUCACUGACUCAGGGAAAGCAAGGCGUCAAGAAACCAAUCUGUUGCUAGGACUUGGUGAGGUGCAAGCGUGUAUUUGGAGAAGAGUCAGGCCCGUAAUGAUGCCCCGCUUGUAGCGUAAAAAUUAGCCCUUGUAUCGUAAGACAAAUAAAGUUUGUUUUCGAGCGCUUCAUGCCGA